AUGAUUGCGUCCAACUUGAGUGCGAUCAGUUGCAGGAGGGCGAACAGCGCGCUGUGCCUCAGUGCAGUGGAGGAACAUUUGGAGGCGUCCUCCUCCUAUCGCAACCUCAGUCCCACCGGCCACCUGCUCGUGGCGGUGACCUUGGGCUUCAUCGGCACUUUCGGAUUCCUCAACAACCUUCUGGUUCUCGUGCUCUUCUGCCGCUACAAAAUUCUGCGGUCCCCCAUCAACUUUUUGUUGGUGAAUAUUUGCUUGAGUGAUCUCCUGGUUUGCGUGUUGGGCACGCCGUUCAGCUUCGCGGCGAGCACUCAAGGGCGAUGGCUCAUCGGCGACACUGGAUGUGUGUGGUACGGCUUUGCCAACUCGUUUUUAGGCAUUGUGUCACUUAUCUCUCUGGCCGUGCUAUCAUACGAACGCUACUGUACAAUGAUGGGCUCCACGGAGGCUGAUGCCACCAACUAUAGGAAGGUGGCCGGUGGGGUGGUGAUGUCCUGGGUCUACUCUUUAAUCUGGACUCUGCCCCCUCUGUUUGGUUGGAGCCGCUAUGGCCCAGAAGGCCCUGGGACCACCUGCUCUGUAGACUGGACAACCAAGACAGCCAAUAACAUCUCUUACAUCAUUUGCCUCUUUAUUUUUUGCCUGAUUGUCCCCUUCCUGGUCAUUGUCUUCUGCUAUGGAAAGCUGCUGCAUGCCAUUAAACAGGUCAGUGGUGUGAACACGUCCAUGAGCCGCAAAAGAGAGCACCGGGUUCUUCUCAUGGUGACCACCAUGGUGAUCUUCUAUCUGCUCUGCUGGCUGCCUUAUGGGAUCAUGGCUCUGCUGGCCACUUUUGGAGCCCCAGGACUGGUGACUGCGGAGGCUAGCAUAGUGCCCUCCAUCUUAGCGAAGUCCAGCACGUUCAUCAAUCCCAUCAUCUACAUCUUCAUGAAUAAACAGUUCUACAGGUGUUUCAGAGCUCUUUUCAACUGUGACAAACCCCAGCGAGGUUCCAGUCUGAAAAGUUCUUCAAAGGUAACUAAACCUGUUCGGCUUGGACGGCGCACAGACAACUUCACUUUUGUGGUUGCUUCAUUGGGACCCACAGUGCUGCCCAACCAGGCAAACCCAGCGGAGGACGGCCCUCUAUCAACAGAUAAUGCCAAACCUGCUGUGGUCUCCCUUGUGGCCCAUUAUAAUGGUUGAGAGUUAUUCUGCUUCAAAAAAUGGUGACACUUGAAGAAACUUUUCACACAAAAUGAGGGAAAUGCAGUGUGAGAUUUGGAGGAUUUCACAAGAAUAUUGCGUAUAAGUAGCUACUAUAACAAACGGGAAAAUGAAAGAAUCCCGAGUGAGGCUGAUUUU